CUGGUGAAGUACAAGCAGCUCUUCUCUCGAUUUCAAGGUCAUUUAAUUUUUCGCAAGUGGAAUAAAGCGGACCUGACGCACAAGUACAUUAUAAAGUAUUUCAGGACAACCCGAUCGCAGAGCCACUUUGUUGUUGAUAUCUCAGCUGCAGAAGUGGAAGGUUUCCUUCGAUUGGAUCUGCAGUUCGUGGAGCCAAAGGUAUUCGCGGUUGAUAAAGGAGCCAAUUUUUCAGCUCUUUCGCUAAUGCCCAACAUAUCGUUAAACUACGCUAUCGCGGGAAACAUGGACGAGAUUCCAGGUGCGGAAGAAGAAAGCGUUAAAUCUGACUCAAGAAAAAGCUUGACAUAUUACCUUUUGAUCCAAGACACCCUAUACAUUCUUGCCUACGGAAUCUCCAAGCUGCUUGAAGUGAAUGGAAGAAUCGAAGCCCCAUCUGGAAUUUCAUGUCGAUCCGGAGAGAUUUGGCCUUACGGGCAUCAGCUCAUUUCCUUAAUGAAAUCGGUCAAAGAAAAUGAGGUGACUGGGUUCACGGGAGGCAUUGAGUUUGGACAAGACGGAAAUCGAAAAAAUGUCAACAUCUCCAUUUUGGAAUUAAACAAAGAUGGUUAUGUCGAGUACGGCUAUUGGAACGCCAAAGAGAAGUUGGUGGUGACAAAGGAGUUUUCUGAAACGAAGGAGGAAAUUCAAAAGGAAAUAAAAGGCAAAACUCUGCGCGUAGCGACCAUAGAGCUGAAUACUCCCACAGGUUCAAGCCAUGGUGGACUAAUUUCAUAG